AUGGACGACCUCAAGCAGAUCCUGGCGCGGCUGAUCCAGCUCGCCGAGCAGGUAAUAAAGUGGUCCGAUGAGGCCUACACGUUCCGGCAGGAGUGCAUGGAGCUCAAGGCCAAGGUCGAGCGCCUCGCCGGGCUGCUCCGCCAGGCCGCGCGCGCCGACCUCUACGAGCGCCCCGCGCGCCGCAUCUUCGACGACACCGAGAAGGCGCUCGACAAGGCGCUGGCCCUCGUCGACAAGUGCCGCGCCCACGGCCUCGUCCGCCGCGUCUUCACCAUCAUCCCCGCGGGCUCCUUCAAGAAGAUGACCAACCAGCUCGACAACUCCGUCGGCGACCUCUCCUGGCUCCUCCGCGUCUCCUCGUCGGCCAAAGACGACGACGACUUCGACGCCCACAUCGGGCUCCCGCCCAUUGCGCAGAACGAGCCCAUCCUCUUCCUCAUCUGGGAGCAGAUCGCCGUGCUCUACACCGGCAACCUCGAGGCCCGCGCGGACGCCGCCGCCAGCCUCGUCUCGCUGGCGCGCGACAAUGACAGGUACUCGAAGCUCAUCAUAGAGGAGGACGGUGUGCCGCCGCUGCUCAAGCUCGUCAAGGAGGGGCAUCUCGAGGGCCAGGAGAACUGCGCGCUCGCCAUCGGCCUCCUGGGCCGCGAUCCGGAGUGCGUCGAGCAGAUGGUGCUCAAGGAGGGCCCCAUGAAGGUGCAGGCCAUGGUGGCCUGGGCCGUCUCGGAGCUCGCUGCCAACCACCCCAAGUCCCAGGACGCCUUCGCGCUGCACAACGUGAUCCGGCUGCUCGUCGGCCACCUCGCUUUCGAGACGGUGCAGGAACACUCCAAGUACGCCAUCACAUCCAAGAUGUCAAUACAUUCCGUGCUAAUGGACAAAAAGAACAGCACCGGCUCUGCAGUUCAGCCGGACUUAUUGGAUGCAGGGGAGCAUGGCGGCAUGAGGUAUCCGGCUGGACACGCUUCCCAGAGCAAGAAUGAGAUCCACAGUUUGGUGCAGUCCACCAUGGCUGCCAAGUCUAAUGGAGGCAGUGGUAAGCACAACAUAUCCGGCAGUGCAGCACAAUGCGUCAUUGUCAGGAACGAGUACAAGGGCAGGGAGUUCGAGGACCCUGAGACAAAGGCAUACAUGAAGGCCAAUGCAGCUAAGGCGUUGUGGCAGCUUGCCAAGGAAAUGCAGCCAUCUGUAAGAACAUCACAGAGUCAAGGGCUCUGCUCUGCUUUGCUGUUCUUCUUGAGAAAGGUGAAGGGUUGCUUGUCCAGAACCUUCCGUGCUACAGAGACUCGGAUUAUUGGACCAUUGGUGAAGCUUCUUGAUGAGAGGGAAGCAGAUGUCUCUCGAGAGGCAGCAAUUGCCCUGACCAAGUUUGCGUGCACGGAUAAUUACCUGCACGUUGACCAUUCUAAAGCGAUCAUCAGUGCAGGCGGAGCAAGCACCUAG